GCAUCGAUUUGUGCAUUUAAUUGUGCGGUUCGGUGCGCGUUUAAUUGCGCGUUGAAUUGUGCAUCGAAUUGCGCAUCGAAUUGCGCGUUCAAUUGCAUGCUUCGGUGCGCAUUGAAUUGCGCGUUGAAUUGCACGUUUAAUUGCAUGUCGAGUCGUGUGGUGGGUUGCCCGUUAAAACGCGCGAGUCGACGCAUGUCAAAUUGCGCAGUGCGGUGCAGUGCGCACUGCACACUUCAAUGCGCGUCAAAUUGCGUGGUUCGGUGUACGUUAAAUUGCGCGUUGAAUUGCAUGUUUAAUUGCAUGUCGAGUUGUGUGGUGGGUUGCGCAUCAAAAUGCGCGAGUCGGCGCAUGUCAAAUUGCGCAGUGCGGUGCAGAAAAUGUUUUGCGAUUUGCCCGUUAAAUCCCUACCAAAAUGAAACCGCUUUAAGAGCGCUCUCAACGCGAUCUUAA